AGCUGUUCAUUCUUUUCCAGGACUCGCUGGGAGGAUGGAGAAAGCUGCACUGCUGCUGUUUUGUUGCCUGGUCAUGUCUUUAUCAGGCUCCCCGCUCUACCCAUCCAUUAGGUUUGGCCAGAGGGAUACAUCUAUCCUGAUGACAUCUUCUCUAAAGAAUCCAGCAGAGCAGCUGGAGGAUGACUCGAGCCCUCCCGCCGAGCGAGCAGAGCUACGCUCAGGACGCCAUGCUGACGCCAUCUUUACGAACAGUUACAGGAAGGUCCUGGGCCAAAUCUCUGCCAGAAAGUUCCUCCAGACAAUCAUGGGCAAACGGCUGGGACAUGAAAGUGAGACCUAUAUGAAACGCCAGUCAGAUAUCUAUGAGGGGACGUACAAAGAGGAUCUUACAUCCAUUCAGAGCAAUCAGAGGUACAGAGGAGUGCACGAGAAUGUCAUGAGGCCCAGACUGCUCAGCUGAGAUUGGUGGAUCGGACAGACUGAAGACCGCCAGUGCUCCUCGCCGAUGUCACUUUUCACAACCAUCACUGCAACCCCUACGAUACAGACGAAAAUGAUUCAUGAUGAUUUUUUUAUUCCCAUUAAAAACUGUGAUGAAAACCUACAGCUCAGCUCAUGACUGUGAAAAAAUAGCAUUGAGAAUCUUUAGGUUGAGAACUCAUGCUGGAACAGAAAUACUUAUGUUGAAGUGGCUGCUGAAAUAAGGAAUAAAUGUUUACAACAUGAGGCUGUAUAUUUCUGACUAAAUACACAGUAAUGAAAGUUUUUAACAAAAAAAUACAUCUUCAUGUACUUAUUUUUAGUAACUUUAUGCUCAAAACCUCUAAUCUGCUUCAUCAGGACUGUGUGGUUUGACCAGAUUUUAUCAAACAACCAGCCAACAGAUUGUUGUGAUUAUGAUUCAAAUGGUGCUGAAUCCUAAUUGGUGCACAGACGUAUGUGACAUCACAUUUUUCAGGUGAGCCCCGCCUACUUUAAACCAGUAACAUUAGCACAGAUUUUAAGAAAAACAACCAACAUGAAUAUUUCUCAUUACUUUUUUAACAUAAAUUUUCAGAAAAAUGGCAAAGAAAAGAGUGAAUUUCGGUGCUUUGCUAUCUACUUUUGUUAAGUGAAUAUUGGGAGUGGCAGUAGGUGGCUCUUAUAUUUCCCCUUUAUCAGCACCAACUUUUCAGCCUCCCCAAGAAUAACAUUUUUGUGAUAUUUCAAGAUUUAUUUAUUUUUUUUUACAUUUCCACUCUUUUAUUGAUGCAUAAUUUAAGGAUGCACGCUUCCUUCUGCACAGCAAUACAGUUGGAGGCUGUAGUUUGAUAGAAAAGAAAAUAGGAAAGAUAAAUAUUUUUGAUUUUAGGGCGAACUGUCCCUUUAAAAUGUAAUCGAUGGAAAAACAGAACUGGGUUUCUGUUUUGCCGUGAUUUAAGAAAGAGGCAAACUCCGAUUCACCUCAAAUUCUUUAUUUCCUCUUCUUCAUUACAAAAAAAUCACUUCCUCAAACUGUCCAAAUUUCAUUAACAAUUUUUAUGGGGAAAUGCCAACUUUGUAUCAAAUAGGGCACGACCAUUCCUAAUGCACAUCUGACGUACCAAACAGGCAAACACACUGGCAUAGUUAGUAAUAUCCAAAGUAUCAGUGCUACUGCCAAUGGUUUUAAUCAGCUGAAACACGUUGACUUACGGCUUCUGUUACGAGGUGAAAUGGCCGUUCAGCAAAAAAAGAGGAAUGUACAAAAACAAAAACACACAAAACAACCCCAAAAGCCAUCAAGAAACCACAAAUAAAAAUCCCAGCUCACUUUGAAAACACUGGCAUGUUGGACAAUAAGACAACAAAUCUCACAGGAAGAUGAAGUGCAAUGAUCAGUAGCUUUACAGCCCUCAGUAAGAGUAUCUGUCAGUGAGCGUUUGUCCUCGGAGACUGUGAUAUCUCGAUUUAUUCCAUUUGGCAACACAGACAAACUGCAUGUUUAAACUGUCGAUUGGAUCCUUGAACUGCCACGCCGCAUUUUAAA